CAAGAGGAGGAAAACAAAGAGUGACAGCGGCGGGGAGACGGGCUGAGCGAAAGCCCCUCUCCCUCUGGAGGCCCAAAGGCAAGGGGGAGGGUGCCCAGCUGUCUCCUGCAGCCGCCCCGCGGGAAGGAGUCUCUCCAAAGGGGAGGCGCCCAAGAAGGGAGGGAGAGAAGGAGGCAACCUCCGCGCAGGUGACACCGACUUCGCCCGCAGAGCUUCGCCUGCUUUCCUUCCUCCAACACAGAAAGAAAGCAAACAAGCAAACAAAGCCCGAGGCGUGCAAGGAAGGGAAUAGGAUUGACUCGGGCUCUGAAGCCCCAAGUGGCCUGGAGACAAAGAGAGAAAGAGAGAGGCAGCGGGAGUGAGUGACAAGCCGUGCGCCGCAGGAAAGGAACAGCAAGCCAUACAGAGAGAGAGAAUCCCAGGCAAUGCACCUGAAGGACAAAGUGGCGCUGGUGACUGGGGCAGCGCAGGGCAUUGGCAAAGCCUUGGCGCAAAGCUUGCUGGAGAAGGGCUGCAAGGUAGCCCUUGUCGAUCAGAACGCGGAAGUAGGCAAGGCUUGCAAAGAGGCCUUUGACAGGCAGUUUGAUGCACAGAUGACUAUAUUUCUUCCUUGCAAUGUUACAAAUGAAGACAAUCUAAAGGAUACAUUUAAGAAAACGGUUAGCCAUUUUGGACAUCUGGAUAUUUUGGUUAACAAUGCUGGAAUAAAUAAUGAAAGUGACUGGGAGCGCACCAUCCAAACUAAUUUAAUUGCAUUGAUUAGAGGAACAUACAUUGGUCUAGAGUACAUGAAACCAGAAAAUGGAGGCAAUGGAGGAGCUAUUGUUAAUAUCGCAUCACUAGCUGGACUUCUACCAGCUCCUCAGCAACCAGUGUAUUCUGCUUCAAAACAUGGUGUAGUUGGAUUUACACGUUCCUUAGCUAUGGCUUCUACAAUAGGAAAUUAUGGUGUCCGAAUAAAUGCAAUCUGUCCUGGUUUUGUCAACACACCAAUUCUACAAUCAAUUGACAAGGAAGAAAACUUGGGCCAAUUUUCGGCAUAUAAAGAAAAUAUAAAAGAUAUGAUGAAAUUCUAUGGUAUAUUAGACCCAAAUGUGAUUGCCGAAGGGUUGAUAAAAAUUCUUGAAGAUGAUAAGUUAAAUGGAGAAAUUAUGAAGAUAUCAACAAAGCAAGGGAUCCAUUUCCAGGAAUACACACUGCCAUCGGGACAUCACACCAAAAAGCUUGAAUCUGUCUUGUGACUGUUUUGAGAAGAAAUAUCAUUUGCUUCCUUGAGACUCCAUUGGAAUGAAUUGUUAAGCAAACAGAAAAUCUUGCUUAAUAUUAAGAAUUCAUCUGUGUUUUGAAUAUUUUGAUAAAUAUCUCAUGUGAAGGAGUAGCUGAAUUGACAGACUGAUUUGUAUAAUAUUAUUGUAGCUUUAAUAUUGUUGUUACUUAUUUUUAUACCAGACGGCAUUUCAAGUGCUGAAAAAUAUUUGAAUACUAAUUUUAUUUGUGACAAAAUGUAAGCUUCGCAGAAGUUCAAACCUGGUUCCUUAUUGCACUUUAUGAAUUUGGCUGAAACUAUUUAAUCUUAUUAUGUGUUCAGUAUAGAUAAUAUUACUGUUCUAUUUUCAGGGUAUGGAAAUUCACUUUUUGAAAUAGCAAGUUACACUCAUAGUUCCAAUGCCCCAAGUAAGUGUUUGCCAUUAUAGUUGUGCUUUUAAAUUACCUCAAACGUAACUUACAGUAAAUAGUUAUAUUUUAAUAUUAAUAUAAUGAAAUUACUGACCUCUGUUUUAAAAAGACACUUUUCUCCUAGCUGUCUUGUAAAGUCAAUGCUCGUAACUGAGCACAAGGAAGUAGAACGUGACAGCACUUGAUCCACAUGAUAUAUCUCCCCCUGUCAUUUAAUUAACCUUCUCACUGGCUCCUGAAAUAACUCUUGUUUUUUGCAAAAAAAAGUUUUGCAAAAUCAGUUAAAUUAUCCUUCAUUAAAUUACAGUUGUAAUGGAGAACAGUCAUACCCAUAUUAUUGGGGAAAGAACUAAUUAUGAUUAGCUAGUUAUUUGUAACUAGUUACUUUUACAUAUUGAUAUUUCUUCAUUGUAAAUAUGCUUUCAUAUAAUAUAGGAAACUCAUAAACACUUCAGAAGAUAUUUUUACUCUCUUGGUGAUUUGAAAAAUUAAAUGUAAGACAUGUGCCAAAGCAGAAUCCAAAAAUGCAAGUAGAGUUUUUAAUCCAUAUGAACAAACCAUUUAGCAGUUUACCAUUUUAACAAGAGCUGGUCUUUUGUAAAACCAAAGGAAAGUUCUGUUGCAAUCACAGUGGAAUAUUGGAUUUAUUCAUAUAACUUUACAAACAUGUUAUUCAAACCACUA